AUGGCGUCAAACUCAAGAAGUUCAAUCUCACCAUGGACGUUUAGUCAAAACAAGAUGUUCGAGAGGGCCUUGGCAGUUUACGACAAGGACACACCCGACCGAUGGCACAAUGUGGCAAAAGCUGUCGGAGGGAAAACUGUAGAAGAAGUGAAGCGCCACUAUGACAUUCUCGUCGAGGAUCUCAUCAACAUCGAGACUGGUCGUGUCCCUUUGCCCAAUUACAAGACCUUCGAAUCUAACUCAAGAAGCAUCAAUGACUUUGACACAAGGUAUAUAACUAAAUAUCUAUAUAUGAUGCUCUCGAUAUAUUUUGAUAAUCAUUCUAGUGAUUUUGAGAAAUUCUCUCAAAAAGUUCUUGUAAGUUAUAUUUCUUUGGUUUAAACGUGCUCUUUAUGACUAGUUUGCCCAAAAUAGCAUAUAUUAAGUAUGAACUUUGGAUUUUUGGGAUUCUGAUAUUUUAUUGUUUCUUUGUGUCUUCUUUUCUUUUUACAUAUUAAAUAGUUUGUUUAGAAAGUUUCUACAAAUAUAGUUUACUUACAUACUAUUUUUUUGCUUAAAUAUAAAUGCAAAUUGUUCUAUUUGUUUUAAUCAAAUUCUAUAUUUAAAAGCAUGAAACACACCUAUUAAUACAGUAAAGGGAAAAAUUCACAUGAAAUCUAAUCCUUUCAUGUACUUCAUCACAUGCACAUUGUCUUUAACAGUUUUGAGGCACGAAACAUUAUAUCAUGAUAAGAUAAAUGUACAUAAAUAGAUAAAUUGGUUAAUUCUACUUAUGUCCAUGGUCGGUGGUUGACAUUAGUGUAUUUAUAUUACAAGUUGUUAAACUCGAGUUUAGGAAACCCUUAAUGAACGAUAUCUUCAAGUUGUUAAUUAAAUAUGUAUGUGAUUGGAAUCUAAUCAACAUGCUUGAAAUUAUUGAUAAAACAUGCCUUCAUUUAUGCUGAU